AUGGUAACAAUACUAAGUCCCGGGAGUGACGCGGGUUGCCUUUUCGCCUUUCUCUCUCUCUCCCUCCCCCUCCUUCCAACACGCACACCCGCUUUCAGGCUGGCCUGCGGAGACGUGGAGGGGCGGCUGGGCGCCUUGUACAGCCGGGUCCAGGCCGUCCAGAAGAAAAGUGGCCCCUUUGACCUCCUCCUCUGUGUGGGGAACUUCUUUGGCUCUGCUCAGGACGCUGAGUGGGAGGAGUACCGGACAGGAGCCAAGAAAGCUCCUAUACAGACGUACAUCCUAGGAGCCAACAACAGUGAAGCAGUGUGUCAUUUCCCAGAUGUCAGCGGGUGCGAACUGGCGGAGAACAUCACAUAUCUGGGGCGUAAAGGUGUCUUCAGCGGAGCCUCCGGGCUGCAGAUUGCUUACCUCAGUGGGGCUGAGGCCCCACAGGAACCAGCACCCAUGCACUGUUUCAGUGCCAAGGACGUGGCGGACCUGCGGGACUCUCUGCUCUCCACAUCAAAGUUCAGAGGGGUGGACAUCUUGCUGACUUCUCCCUGGCCCAAGGACGUCGAGGCAUUUGGCAAUAGCCCAGCAGGUGUGGACACCAAGAAGUGUGGGUCAGGGCUUGUGUCUCUGUUAGCUGCGAGUCUGAAGCCGAGAUACCAUUUUGCUGCCCUGCAGAAGAUCUACUAUGAAAGGCUUCCAUACAGGAACCACGCUGUUCUCCAGGAAACCACACAACACGUUAGCCGAUUCAUCGCCUUGGCCAAUGUGGGCAAUGUGGACAAGAGGAAGUAUCUCUACGCCUUCACCAUCCUUCCAAUGGCUUCCAUGGACCCCAAGGAUCUGGUGAGGCAGCCAGCAGAUGCCACAGAAAGCCCGUAUCGAAGGCCAGUUGGAGGAGGAGGCGGGGGAGAGAUCGGGGCCCUUCUGCAGCCCGACAAGAAGGAUGAACCGACCUGCCAGUUUUUCUUUGAUUUAAGCAGCAAGCCAAAAGGAAGGAAACGGCCUGGAGGUGAGAGCAGGGAACAGCAGCGGAAGCGGCCGAAUCCCAAACCUCCCUUGCCCACAGCGUCCUGCUGGUUCUGCCUCGCCAGCCCAGAGGUGGAGAAGCAUCUGGUUGUGAGCAUCGGCACCCACUGCUACCUGGCCUUAGCCAAAGGGGGCCUGUCCCCCGACCAUGUUCUAAUCUUGCCCGUUGGACACUGCCGCUCAAUGGUUGAACUGGCUUCCGAGGUGGUGGAAGAGGUGGAGCAAUACAAGUCGGCCCUGAAAGAGUUCUUCAGGGCCAGGGGAAAGAGAUGGGUGGCCUACGAAAGGAACUACAAGAGCCAGCACCUCCAGCUCCAGGUGGUCCCUGUCCCUCAGGACUGCUGUGUGACUGAAGACAUCAAAGAGGCCUUUCUCAGUCAAGCAGAGGAGCAUCGAAUCGAGCUGCUAGAGAUACCUGAACAUUCGGCUCUCAAGCAAAUAGUUCAGCCAGGCAUGCCAUAUUUUUACGUUGAGCUGGAUAAUGGAGAGAAGCUGUUCCACCGGAUUGGAAAGAAUUUCCCCCUUCAAUUUGGAAGGGAAGUGUUGGCCAGUGAAGCUGUCCUGGGAAUGCCUGGCCGGGCAGACUGGAGGAGCUGCCGUAUGAGUCGGGAGGAAGAAGCAGCUGCAGCCCAGGACUUCCGGAGAGCCUUUGAGCCCUUUGACUUGGCCCAAGCAGAGUGAGCACCUGGACAGCACUUGCCAUUGGGGGAAUGGCAGCGCGCACGUUCCUUGCUUUCGCUGUCUGGACAUGGCCAGCCGUGGGAGGUGGCCAGGGGUCCAGCAGGUUUUUCCAGGGGCCACAUCAUGGCAGGAAUCAGGUUCAGUCCCUGACCUCACUAAGGAGACGGCUUCUUCUGCUGAGGACGCCCUGCCUUGCCCAGUCCCUCCUUCACCAUGGGAUGGAUGUUUUUUUGGUUGUUUUUUGUUUGUUUGUUUGUUUGUUUUUGCUCUUCCUGCUGGCUUUCUGUUCUCUUUGCUCCCGUUGAUUUUUGGGUUCUAGAAGAGAAACACCCAGAAAAGAAGGAAGGAAGGAAGGAAGGGGUGCUGCUGGAUGCACAGUCAGCACUUUGAAAACUGCCAACUUGAGAGUGGAAGACCCAGACCUUUGCCCGACCCCCAUCAUAGCAUUGGCGAAGGGGCCUGUGGGGGUACUGGUGUGGUGUUUUGAGCCAGACCCAUGCAGGAAAGUAGCAAAACCUAAGAGAGACAGAACAUGUAAUGAACAGGACCAGUUGUGUGUGCUAGGUAAGCGGGAGGUUAUACCUGCAAAUCAGAGCAGUGGCUGUUACGUUACGUGAAUUUCCAGUGCUGGUGAUCCUUCUUGGAUUUUGGUGUGAACUCUUAACCUUAGGGCCAAAUGCCAACAUUUGGAGAUGGAUGGACCAUGGAGAUUGUGGUAGUCUGCUUGUGUGCUAUAAAAACAUUCUUAAUAGUAAAAAAAUAAACAAUAAAAAUCCUGGUUUCUCUAUAUUAAA